UAUCGGGAAAAUAUGCAGACGUUUCAUAAAUCUACGUCAUUUCCGGGAUGAUAGAGAGGCAAUGACAGCUUGAUCAACAACAAGACAUUUACACAGAACAGAUCAAUAAAGUGUCUACUCUCACGUGGUGCCUGCGUGUCCCUCCUGUUCACCUAGUAGCCCCUCACUGGAGAGAAGUCUGAAGGAGGAGGGCUCAGCCUCUCUUCCCCUGCCCAGCCAGCCACUAUGGAACCUCUGCAGAAACCCACAAUGAGCUGUGAUAGUGGACUGGUGGAGAGGAACAUAGCUGGAGUUGAAUAUCGAAAGAGACAUUUCGCCACUUAACGACCUCAUUCAUCCUCUCCAGCACCAUCCCAAUAUCAACAUAUUUGAAAAGGAUGGGUUUCUUUGUUUUGUUGUCCAACACUACUAACGCUUGCCUGCUCAUAGUUGUUUAAAAUCACCUGAUGCACACCAGAUAAUGUCAUCAGUGUCUCCGGAUUGUGUCAAACUUUGCCUGUUCAGUUGGUUAAACAUUCAAAAGGCACUCACACAUCUGAGCUAUCUUUUUUUUGCAGGUGCCUGGGUACAGUUGAAUAAAAUGAGAAAAAAAGAAGAAACUCGCAAACAGUUCUUGCUAGUGUCACUGCUCUUUAAUAAGCUUUACGUAUCGGCCUCACGGCCUUCGUCAGAGCUUUUGUGAGUUAAAAAAAUAAUAAUUGCACCCUUAUGUAGACCUAGCCCCGCCCACAUCCGCUCCACUCAUCGAAUGGGGUUGAAGUCGAGGGAAAACAAGUAAGUGCUACCAAAUGUAACAAUAUGCAUUUCAUAAAUAUUAGAAUAAAGUGUGCACAUAAAACGUAUUAAACACGUCUGUAAAACCACAAUGAGGACAUCGACCUACCAAGCAAGUUUUCAUAAAUCAAUGGGUACAGCGCAAGAAAAACGUCAGAGUAAUCUGGAAUAGGGGCAUAAUUCAUGUUCACAUUUACAACAUAACAUGCAUUUCAUCAUUAAGACCUUUAGGAAACAAUGUCUGGAGGGUGAAAAUCCCCCCAAAAUUGUCUUUUACUCAGAGUACUAUUGAUAUCACCUCACCUGUCUGAUAUCUUAACUUUCUCUAUGCCACAAAAUGUACUGCGACUGGAUAAUCCCUGUUGUUUCUCCCGAUUGAACUUUUGCGUUCACAGAAUCUCUGUUUGAGUGAACGAGAGGUCUUUCCUACAUAGCACAGCCCACAUGGACAUUUAAUCAUGUAGAUAACAAAGGUGGUGGAGCACGUAAUAAUGUCAUUCAUUUGAGGAAGGCCGUGAGGCCCGAUAUGUAAAGCUUAUCAAAUAUCAGUGAAUACUAUCAAGAGCAGUGUGCGGGUUUCUUAAUCUUUCCUCAAUUGGUUAAACAUGAAAUAGUAUGUCCAAAGAGCAGAAGUCUAUCCACUUUUUCAAUUAAUUUGUUUUUGGUUUCGACAACAUAAUCCAGACAAACAGUUUGAGAAUCACCGAUUAGAGGCCCGCCCUUUUCUCAGGCGUUCAGAGGGCUAUAUGGGAAAGUCUCCCUGUGUUUUACUGAGAAGGACUUCGGGACAGACGACUGAAUGUGCUAUUAUGCUCUGUCUGUUUGGUCUCCAAGGUAUUCAUAUCAAGCAGCAUCAACUGAAUGACCAUGUGAAAGAGUAACUGUUAACAUGCCCCAUUGAAAUACUGUAGAUGAAAAUAGAAUGUGUCGUAUGUGAAUAGCCUACUUUCCAGUGAAGACUGGUAUGUAAAUUGUAUAGCUGUUUAGAAGGUGAAACAGGUUAGGCUAGUGUUAGUGAUGGGCGAGCCCCUCCAAGUGAUUGGACGUGAGUGUGAAGGUGAAUGACUUCCACUAUUGUCUCGGCCAGCUGACCCUGCCACGCUAACCUCUAUGAGUGUUUGGCUCUUUUACCACUUCGGCGUCCCAGCCGAACCAGAGGGGAUGUGGGACAGUGGGGCCGUGGAUCCACCAGAGGAGGAGGGCCGCACCUUCAUGCAGGUUCUCAGCGAGAAGUACAGCCCGGAGAACUUCCCGUACCGCCGAUGGCCCGGCAUGGGCGUGGUGGUAGUGCCAACUCUCCCACAGGGCUCGCCCAUGAAAGAUCGUUUGAACCUUCCCAGUGUGCUCGUCCUGGCUGGCUGUGGAAUCAGCCAUGCUGGAGAGCAGAGAGAGAUCGCAGCCUUCUGUGCCCACGUGAUGGAGCUCGACCUGUCCCAGAACAAGCUCCAGGACUGGCAUGAGAUCAGUAAGAUUGUGUCAAACAUCCCCAACCUGGACUUCCUCAACCUGAGCUCCAACCCGCUAAGUGAGGUUGUCUUGGAGCCUAGCGGUGCUAAGGCCUUUGCCCGAGUCCGACGCCUGGUCCUCAACAACACUCAAGUGUCCUGGAACACGGUGCUCGUACUAACACGGGAGAUGCCUGAGCUGGAAGAGCUGUUCCUGUGCCUUAAUGAGUACACCACCGUGUCAGCCUCUACUGUGCCCUGCCCCACACUGCGCCUGCUGCACAUCACCGACAACAACCUGCAGGACUGGGCCGAGGUGCGCAAGAUUGGGCCCAUGUUCCCCGGCCUGGAAACUCUGGUUAUGGCCAACUGUAACCUGAGCUCCAUUCAGGACUCCGAAGACAUGCUGCGGCGCCUCUUCCCCAACCUACGCAGCAUCAAUCUGCACAACUCAGGUCUUAACCGAUGGGAGGACAUAGAGAAGCUGAACCAGUUUCCUAAACUGGAAGAUGUGAGGCUGCAGGGGAUUCCCUUACUGCAGACCUAUACCAACACAGAGCGUCGGAGCCUCAUGGUAUCACACCUGCCCUCUGUAUCAUCGCUCAAUGGCAGUGUGGUGACGGACGGGGAGAGAGAGGACUCGGAGAGGUUCUUCAUUCGUUACCAUGUCGACUACCCAGAGGAGGAGCUACCUUACAGGUAUCACUGCCUGGUGACUAAAUACGGGAAGCUGGAACCCUUGGCUGAGAUCGACCUUCGACCCCGCUGCCACGCCAAGGUGGAGGUGCACUGCGAGGACAAAGUGGAGGAGGUGAGUAUCCGCCUGGACCAGACUGUGGCCGAGCUGAAGAAACAGCUGAGGACAGUGGUGCAGCUGUCGGCCAAUCAGAUGCGUCUUUACUACAUCGACAAGGAGUGUGUCUUUGGGCCGGAGGAGAUGAAGUACCACACCAGAGCCCUCCACUCCUACAGUAUCCAGGACGGGGACGAACUCCUGGUGGUGCCUAAGGCUGGCCGGGGGACUACCACCACUGCCAAACCAAUAUCAAACCUUAACUCCAAAACCUUAACUCCCCCGCCUUAGAAAUAGAAUAACUAGAACGGUCCACCUAUCAUGGCACAUUGACUUGAAUGGGUAAUGCAGUUCUAGUAAUUAUAUUUCUAUGCUCAUACCCUUCCCCAUCCUAUUCUUGUCUGAAGAAUGCCCUGCACCCCUCCUUACGCCCAUCCUAUGUUUUACAUUCAGUGUGGGACACACUAUCAGGAAUAACAGCGACUCUGACUCUGA